AUGCUGAUUUUAUAUAUCUAUCAAAUUUAAUUUAUGAUUAUUUAAAUUUUAGUGAAUGUCUAUAAUCAACAUCAAAUAAUUACGAAUUAUAUUCAAUUAGUGAAAAUUAUUCUUCAUAGUAUUGGUUAACUUUUAGUUUAAAUUCUUCUGGUAUUGUAAUUCAACCAUAGCUUAUUUAACUUUCCUAAACAUUUUAAAAAAUUAUAAAAAUAUGAAGCCUUUUAAAUCAAUAUUAUAUCUUAGGAAAUAUAUAUAAUUAGGAUCCCUAUUUGUAUUGGUUAAACUAAACUACCAACACUUUAUAAUAAAUAUCAAAUUAUACUCUUGCCAGCAGUAAAUGUUUAGAUUUUUCAAUAGGUGAAUAUAUACUAAUAUUUUUAAUACAUAAUCAAAAGCAAUCAUUAUUUCUUCAAUCAUUCAGUAUGAAGUUACAGAAUACAAUAUGCAACUACCAUAUUCGGAACCUUUUUAUCAAUUGAUGUUAAUUGAUGACUAAUAAAUAAAACUGGCACCUUUGAGAUAUAAUUUUGCGAUUAAUAAUUUGGUUGUUAAGUUUUUAACAGUUUUCCUAAGAAUAUUCUAAUUUUAAAAACAAACCGUAAUGAUGUACUUUUACUUUUAGGCAGUAUUGAUAUUAGUUUCAUAAUUUAGCUUAAAGUAAAAGUUUUAAAGUUUAAUGAUACAAAAUCAAUAGCUACAGUAAUUUAAACUAUUCCAAAUUAUGGCAGUUAAUUGAAUUUGUGUAAUUCAUUUUAUUCUGAUGGUUAUUUGAUGCAAUAAUUUCUUUAUGAUGGUAAAUAUCUUAUUGGAUUUUAUAAUUUAAAUAAUUUAGCAAUAGAUAAGAUAUAAGAACCCAUUUUUGAUGUAUAAUUCAUUCACAUCAUUAUCAAAUUAAUAUGCAAUGAUAAUAAAUUGAUUCAUAUUAAAAUGGAAUUUGGUUAAGUCUAUAUAACUAGUCUAUGUAAUCAUAUUCAAUUAAUACCUGGAAUAUUUCUACAAUUAUUUUUACAAGUAAAAAUGAUAUUAAUGUUUCAAUAUCUUGUUCUAAUUAUGUUUCAGAUGGUAUUUAUAAUAUUACAUUCCAUCUACCUCCAUAUUUCGAUUUAAAUUUUAGAAAAUGGAUUUAUGCUUUGCUAUUUAUCAUAGUUCUACUUAUAGUGUUAUUUUGCUUUAAAAUUUAACAAUAAAGAAGGAAAUUUAAAAGUAUUGAUUAUGAAAUUGAAUUAUGAGGUUAAAUAAGUAUUCAAAAAACAAUUAAUAUAUUAAUCAUAUGUAUUUUCAUUAGUUUAAUUAUUCUUUAUUUUUUUAAAGGUCAUCUCAUCUUUAGGCAAUAAAUAUCUCUUAUCAAAAGUAAUCUCUUAAUUAAGAAUGUUAUAUUUUAUAAAUCUCCAUUAUUAUAAUCAAAUUUUAAAAUUGAUAUAUUCUACAAAUAAUUUACAAUUCAUCAUAGUUUUUCUAAUCAAAUUAUCUUCUUCAAAUUACUUAUAAUUCUGA